GCAGGCCCGAGGCGCGCGCCCUGGCGUGCCGUGUGGCGGCGGUUAACGGAGCGCGGGGCGCGCGCCCGCAGCCCCGGAGCCAUGAUGGCCGCGGCCGCCGAUCUGGAGUCCUCGCUGGAGCUGAGCCUGACGGGCAGCGGCGCGCUCCCCGGCGGGCUGCCCCCCGCCCGCUCCCGCAUCUUCAAGAUCAUCGUCAUCGGGGACUCCAACGUGGGCAAGACGUGCCUCACCUACCGCUUCUGCGCCGGCCGCUUCCCGCAGCGCACCGAGGCCACCAUCGGCGUGGACUUCCGCGAGCGCGCUGUCACCAUCGACGGCGAGCGCAUCAAGAUCCAGCUAUGGGAUACAGCAGGCCAGGAGCGCUUCAGGAAGAGCAUGGUGCAGCACUAUUACAGGAAUGUACAUGCUGUUGUGUUUGUGUAUGAUAUGACAAACAUUGCUAGUUUUCACAGUCUGCCUUCCUGGAUAGAGGAAUGCAAACAACACCUUCUUGCCAAUGACAUCCCACGGAUUCUUGUUGGAAAUAAAUGUGACCUGAGAAGUGCUAUUCAGGUACCCACGGACUUGGCCCAGAAGUUUGCUGAUACUCACAGUAUGCCAUUAUUUGAAACCUCUGCCAAAAACCCCAAUGACAAUGACCAUGUGGAGGCCAUAUUUAUGACACUGGCUCACAAGCUUAAAAGUCACAAGCCAUUAAUGCUUAGUCAACCCCCAGAUCGUGAUGACAUACAUAUAAAGCCUGAAUCAAAGCCUGCCAUGACCUGUUGGUGUUAAAUCAUGCUAUCAACUAUCUUGUCUUGUUUGCAAAUGCUUCAAAAUUACGCUCUUGGCAAAGUUCCAGGUUUUGGUAGCAAUUAUAGCAAAUCUCUUUGGCACUUUAAUGUGUUGGUUUUGUUUUGUUUAAUGUGUUUGUUUUUUUCCUGGUGUAGAUGUGCCCAUCUCAUGUUCUUGCACUUUGUAAAUGUACUUUCUGAAUGACUGAAGUUUCACUAUAAUUAUACAAGAAAGCAGACUUUUAAGUGAAGUUUUGACAGGAAUAUUUGGUGACUGCUAGCAAAUUGAUAAGCAAGGAACUUUUUAUUUUAAAAACAAGCCAGGACUGUCAGAUAAAGAUUGGGCUGUCAGUGGAGGUGCAAGCUGCUAGCUUUUGGCCUGUCGUUCCACUGUAAACUUUGUUUCUUCAUGGGAAUUUUAAGAGAAGUGGCAGACUUGUACCUACCUCUAGGCAAUUAUUUGACACUUAUUUAAUUUUUAAUAAUUAAUUUUUCAUAAUUAGCAUGUAAGACUAAUCUAUGCAUUCCCUCUUAUGGAAAGUACUGUAGUACAGGAUUUGGGGUAAAUCUGGGACUGUAACAGUCCGUUACUUCUCUGACCUUUUUAGAACUUCAAUUAGGACUUAAUUCUAAAGAUGCUGUGUUUGAGUUGAGUGCCCCAGGGUAAGUAAAAACACUUAAGUAGAUAGAAGAAGUGAGUGAAGAAGUUGGCAAAAGCCUACUGGUUUUCAAAGACAGGUUUCAGAGGAUUUUAGAGAUGAUUAAUGCUUUUCAAAUACCUUGAAAAAGCUUUUUGCAGCCACCAUGAUAACAUAUUUUAGGGAUGGAAGUGCUUAGGACAAAAUGUUAAGAAUAUGGGAUUUACUUAAAAUACUUCUGCAUGCAAAAUAAAUUAUGUCUUGAAAUAUGGGGAAGAUCUGCCAUCUGUUACAGAUUUUUGAGCUAAAACCUGCUUGUGUAAUGUCAUGGCUGUAUGUGGGACAUCCUUGGCAUUACUAAUGUGAGUUAGUGGUGGGUUAGAUGAGGGAAAUUACUCCUCUGGAACCAUCUUCUUCUGUGUUCUCAUAACUGCAACAGUUUUAUUUCUGUUCUGUCUGAAGGUCAAGUUUAAUAAUAAAAAUGGUGCUAGGUUGCACGUAAUUACAUAAAGCAAAAUGUAAGCCAUAGAAUGUAGUCUAUAACUUCAUUCACGUGGCAUGUCAAACAGUGUUCUGUGACUUCGUUUUUAAGGAAUUGAAGUAAAAAUGAAGAUUUGGGUUUGCAUUGUCUAGCAUCUGAUGCUGACUGGAAACUAAAUGGAAGGGCCAGCUCGAAAGCUGCCACCCUACUGAUCACAUUAGAAACAAAUUAUUGAAAUAAGAUAACUAAUAUUAUUUAAACUAUUACAGUUAAUAAGGUGUAAUUCUAUUGCAAGUUAUACUGACAAAAGAAAAAUGUAUUGGUUUUUUUCUAGAUUCAGAAAGAGCAUUCAGUUUGGUCUAAUAUGAUUAAGAUGCUUACAAAAAUUAAAGGGUUUUUGCUUUUUUUUUCUUGUGUAAAGCUGCUACAACAGUGACAGUAAUUUUCAUUAGGAAGCAUUUGGAAAAGGGAACUUUUAUGUUCACUCUGAACCUUACAUUACUAGAAUUUGAUUUACAGUCCUUUCAGAAAUAAUCAGCUUUUUAACACUAGUGUCCUUAAUGAUUUUUUAAGAAACGGAUUUAUGUGUAUACUAUUGUAAAUAAUUAUGGUUUACAGUCCUCUUGGACAAUUUGUUUUUCACUCAUGUCCUUAAUCCUUCUCGAAAGGAUCCAUCUUAACUAUUUGUAUAAUGUCAGCAAAGUUGUCUUUUAUUUUUAUUUUUGUUUUCCUUAAAAAGAAAAACAGAAUGAAGAAUUCCAAAGUCAGUCGGUCAGGUUUGGGGUUGAGGUAAGGAAAUCAUGUAGCUAUGAUGUUACUGUUAAAUUUUAUAUCAAACAUCUACAAAUAUGUUUGUUUUUUUUUUUUUUAAUUAUUCAACACCUGUAAUUAAAGGCCCUUGUGUUAUUAAAAUUGUAUGGAAACAAUGUUCCAGUAUGUAAUUUCAUCUUCAGCACAAAGCAUGUUUUAAUGGUUCUGUCAUAAAGGCACUGUGGUCAUGAAUGCAGGAUUCAUUAUGCUCCUGGCUUGCAGUGGUCGUGUUCUGCCCACAAAAUUGAUGUCAAAAGUACCAAAUACUUUGUAUAUGUAUUUUCACUUUACCAAAUUGUAAAGUUGGGUUUUUUUGUACAAGCUGGGGGAAGGGCAAGACACAAUCCCAGAAACCUAAUAAACUGGCUUUGCCCCAAA